AUGUCAUUCCUCACUUCUGACGUCACGAUUCCAACAUGGUCGCGACUAGUCAGGAGCCUUAACGGAAACUAUAAGUGGAACAAUGCGUUGUCGCAGCUUGUAUCAGAUUAUAACACGCUCAAGCAUCGAACGAUUGAUAUGCGACCCGUCGACGUUACUCUCGCGAUCACUGAAAAACUCUUGGCCAUGAUAUACAACAACGUAAAGAGUGCAGAUCCGACGAAAUUCAAAAUAGGUGAUUCAGUACAUGUGAACAAAUAUAAAACCGUCUUCGAGAAGAGUUAUACACCAAAUUGGAUCACCGAAGUAUUUAAAAUCGCUAAAGUGCAGCAUACUGAUCCCGUAACCUAUCUACUGGAUGACUAUUGCGGAAAAUCUAUCUCUGAAACGUUCUAUGAACAUGAGUUACAUACCGCGGAUUAUCCGGACGUGUAUCUCUUGGAGAAAGUAUUGCGCAGAAGAGGAGACGAGGUUUACGUAAAAUAG